GUCCACUUCAGCGUAGAAUCUAAGUGUUGGCUGGCUGGCAUCAGAACAGAGAUAGGCGGCCAAAGACAAGCGUAUUAAGUGUCUCCGAAGUUACGGUCGCACGUUUGUUUCAUCAUUCGCACGAAUCCUUUGUCUCUAAGCAAGCGACCGGAGAAAAAAGACGAAGAAGAAGAGGAAGUGUUUACUCAGCAUCGCAUGCCGGACGGUGAUGCCAUGGUUGACUCAAGUCAACCAGUCCCUGGAGUGGGUGUUGUUGGAGCCGAAGAAUCCGGUUCUAGAGCUCACAAUUAUGCCAAGGAUCCAAGGAAGAUUGCUAGAAAAUAUCAAUUGGAGCUAUGCAAGAAAGCAAUGGAGGAGAACAUAAUUGUAUAUUUGGGGACAGGUUGUGGCAAAACCCACAUUGCGGUGCUGCUCAUGCACGAGCUUUCACACUUGAUACGUAAACCCCAGAAGAACAUAUGUGUCUUUCUUGCACCUACGGUUGCUCUUGUUCAACAGCAAGCUAGGGUUAUAGAAGACUCUACUGAUUUCAAGGUGGGGAUCUUUUGUGGAGGGUCUACACACAUCAAGAAUCAUCAUAAUUGGGAAAAAGAGAUUGACAAAUAUGAGGUUCUUGUAAUGAUCCCUCAAAUAUUACUUCGUAGCUUAUAUCAUCGCUUUGUCAAGAUGGAGUUAAUUGCUCUUCUGAUUUUUGAUGAGUGCCAUCAUGCUCAAGUGAAAAGCAGUCAUCCUUAUGCCCAAAUAAUGAAAGAAUUCUAUAAACCUAAAGAGACGAAGGUUCCUCGCAUAUUUGGCAUGACUGCAUCUCCAGUUGUGGGGAAAGGUGCAUCAAAUCAAGCAAAUUUACCCAAAAGCAUUAAUAGUCUUGAAAAUAUACUUGAUGCUAAGGUGUAUUCGGUUGAAGAUAAGUUAGAUCUGGAAACUUUUGUAUCAUCACCUGCUGUUAAAGUAUAUCCAUAUGGUCCUGUUGUAAAUGGCAGCUCUAGCUCCUACACAACUUAUGUUGAAAAACUUUCAGAGAUAAAACAUGAGUGCCUAUCAACACUAAGCAGGGAGAAACAUGAUGUUCAAAGUCUUCGGAAUAUGAAAAAACAAAUCAGCAGAUUGCAUGAAAACUUGAUUUAUUGUUUGGAAAAUCUCGGAGUUUCAGGAGCACGACUUGCUAGUGACAGUCUUUUGAGUGGUGAUCCAUCUGUGAGGAAUGAGUUAAUAGAAGCUGAAGGAAAUUCAAUGGAUGACACUUUAUGUAGAUAUUUAUCUCAGGCUGCAGAAGUCUUUGCUUCUGCCUUUACAGGAGAUGGUGUUGCUUAUGAACUGUCUUGUAUUGAGGUUUUGAAGGAGCCGCUUUUCUCACAAAAGCUUUUGCGUCUGAUUGGAAUUCUCUCCUCCUUCAGGCAACAACCAAAUAUGAAAUGUAUAGUUUUUGUAAAUAGAAUUAUUACAGCAAGAACUUUGACAUAUAUACUGCAAAAGCUUAAGUUUUUAGCUUAUUGGAAGUGCCAUUUUCUUGUUGGUGUCCAUGCUGGAUUGAAGAGCAUGUCACGGAAGGCCAUGAAGAGCAUUCUUGAGAAGUUUCGUUGUGGUGAGUUGAAUCUUUUAGUUGCAACUAAAGUUGGUGAAGAAGGACUUGAUAUUCAAACAUGCUGCCUUGUCAUACGGUUUGAUCUUCCAGAAACAGUUUCUAGCUUUAUACAAUCCAGAGGCCGUGCUCGAAUGCCUCAAUCCGAAUAUGCAUUUUUAGUGGACAGAGGAAAUCAGAGGGAGCUAGAAUUGAUAAAAAAUUUUGAAAAAGAUGAAAAUCACAUGAAUAUGGAAAUUUCAGGCAGAACGUCUACUGAGAUUUUCAGUUUUCCCGAGGAAAGACAAUAUGUAGUUGAAUCAUCUGGCGCUUCUGCUAGUGCUGGAUAUAGCAUCUCUUUACUUCACCAAUAUUGUUCAAAACUCCCACAUGAUGAGUAUUAUAACCCCAAGCCAAAAUUUUAUUUUUUUGAUGAUUUAGGGGGAACUGUUUGUCACAUUAUUUUACCUUCUAAUGCGCCAACUUACCAAAUUGUUGGUAAACCUCAAUCAUCAAUUGAGGCUGCUAAGAAAGAUGCUUGUCUGAAAGCAAUUGAAGAAUUGCAUAAAUUGGGUGCUUUAAAUGAUUAUCUUUUGCCGGAUGAAGGCAAUGAAAUUGAGGAGGAUGGGGAGCUGGACUCUUCUGAUUCUGACAGCUGCGAAGGAGAGAUUCCAAGGGGAGAACGGCAUGAGAUGUUAGUUCCUGCCUUACUUAAAGAAUCCUGGUCCACGUCAGAGAAUCAUGUCUGUCUUAACUCAUACUAUAUUCAAUUUUUUCCGGAUCCUAAGGAUAGAAUCUAUAAAGAUUUUGGACUUUUUGUCAAGUCACCUCUUCCGCAAGAGGCUGAGAAAAUGGAGCUUGAUCUUCACCUUGCUCGUGGUAGAAUUGUGAAGACAGAGUUUGUCCCAUCUGGAGUUGCAGAAUUUACUAAAGAUGAGAUUGUUCAGGCGCAGCAUUUCCAAGAGAUGUUCUUGAAGGUCAUCCUUGACCGAUCAAAAUUCAUUUCUGAUUAUGUUUCCUUGGGAGAGGAUGAUUAUGAAUCAAACUCAUCAACCUUCUACCUGUUGCUUCCUGUCAUUUUUCAUAAAAAUGCAAGCACAGUUACUGUAGACUGGAAGAUUGUCAGAAGAUGUUUAUCAUCUCCAGUGUUCAGUAAGCCACCAAGUUCUGUGAGCACGAAAAAAUUUCCUUCUGAUGAGUACUUGCAGCUUGAUAAUGGUUGCUGGAGUAUAAGUGAUGUUGAGAAUAGUUUGAUAUAUGUCCGACACAAGGAGUCAUUCUACUUUGUCUCUAACAUUGUUAGGGAAAAGAAUGGUUACAGCCUAUACAAGAAUUCAGGCACUAGAAAUCAUGUGGAGCACUUGGAUGAAAGGUAUGGUAUUAAUCUUAUAUAUCCUGGACAACCUCUUCUCCAUGCAAAACCACUUUUUCGAUUGCGCAAUUUGCUUCACAACCGAAAGCUAGAGGACACAGAAUCACAUGAACUAGACGAAUACUUCUAUGAUUUGCCUCCAGAGCUUUGUCUACUGAAGAUAAUAGGGUUCUCUAAAGAUAUAGGGAGUUCAGUAUCUUUGUUGCCAUCAAUCAUGCACCGCCUGGAAAACUUGCUUGUGGCCAUUGAACUGAAGCAAGUAUUAUCUGCUUCAUUUUCUGCGGGAGCUGAAAUUAGUGCCGACAGGGUUCUACAAGCCCUAACCACAGAGAAAUGCCAGGAGCGCUUUUCACUUGAAAGGCUUGAGAUACUUGGUGAUGUUUUCCUCAAAUUUGCUGUUGGACGACAUCUUUUUCUCUUGCAUGACACCCUCGAUGAAGGAGAGCUUACUCGGAGGCGCUCUAAUGCUGUAAAUAAUUCCAAUUUGCACAAGCUAGCAACAAAAAGUAAUUUACAGGUGUAUAUUCGUGAUCAACCGUUUGAUCCCUGCCAAUUCUUUGCUUUGGGACGUCGUUGUACUACUAUUUGUACCGAGGAAGCAGAAAGAAAAAUUCAUUCUCGAAAAAAAUUUCGUGCUGCAGAUGAUGCAAAUUCUGCUGAAAUCAGGUGUAGUAAAGGCCACCACUGGUUACAUAAAAAAACAAUUGCCGAUGUUGUUGAAGCUCUUGUUGGAGCAUUCAUAGUUGAAAUUGGCUUCAAAGCUGCAACUGCGUUUCUUAAAUGGAUUGGCAUUCAAGUAAACUUUGAAGGUUCACAAGUUACUAAUGCUUGUUUGGCAAGCCGAAGCUAUUUAUCGCUGACUCAUGCCAUGGAUCUGGCUGCCCUUGAAAAUUUCUUAGGAUAUCAGUUUCUUCAUAAAGGUUUGCUUUUACAGGCUUUUUUGCAUCCUUCUUACAGCCAACAUGGUGGAGGCUGCUAUCAGAGAUUGGAGUUCCUUGGAGAUGCAGUCUUGGAUUACUUAAUUACUUCGUAUCUUUUUUCGACCUAUCCAAAGUUGAAGCCGGGUCAGUUGACAGAUUUGAGAUCAGCUUUAGUGAACAAUAAGGCCUUUGCAAAUGUUGCUGUGGAUCGGUCCUUGCACAACUUUCUUUUGUUUGAUUCAAGUGGCCUCUCCGAGGCAAUAAACAAUUAUGUGAAGUUUAUAGAAACUUCUCCAUCAUCAAAGAAAUUUAUUGAAGGGACAAAAUGUCCAAAGGCUCUUGGUGACUUGGUAGAAUCUUGUAUGGGUGCCAUCCUGCUCGACUCUGGGUUUAAUUUGAGCACAGUGUGGAAAAUAAUGCUAUCCUUUUUCAAACCAGUCUUGAGCUUUCAAGGCAUCCAGCUUAAUCCUAUUAGGGAACUACAGGAAGUUUGCCAAUAUUAUGAUUUGAAGUUGCAGUUUCCAGCCACAAAAAAGGGAACAACAUUUUUAGUCGAUGGAAGAGUAACUGGGAAAGAUCUACAGCUUUGCAUCGCUGCCUCUAAUCCAAACAAAAAAGGUGCUAUUAGAAUCGCUUCACAAAAACUCUUAUCAGAGUUGAAGGCAAAAGGUUACACACCCAAGUCUAAACCUUUGGAGGAGGUUUUAAAAUCCAUUUGCAAGAUGGAAGCUAGACUGAUUGGAUUUGAUGAAACUCCCAUAGAUGUUGUUCCUGCUGACAAUGGGUCUGAAUCUUGUGGCGGCAAUGUUGACUCUGACAUCUUUUCUGACAGUGACAUGUCUGAUAAAUCUUCACCUGCCAUUACUCAAGUAAAUAGAUGGACCUCACUUGCUUCUAAAGAAGUCAGACAACAGCCAAGUGAGACAGUUUCGGAUCCUAAUGGUGACAAUGAAUUGCCGGCUUCAGGUGGGCCAGCCAACAAAUCAGCAAGAUCCCAUUUGCACGAAAUCUGUGUCGCUAACUGUUGGAAACCCCCUUUUUAUGAAUGUUGCGAAGAGGAAGGACCAAGCCACUUGAAAUCGUUUACUUACAAGGUUAUAGUGGAAAUAGAAGGAGCUCCGGAUAUCGUUUUGGAGUGCUUUGGGGCACCUCAGACGAAGAAGAAAGCCGCGGCAGAGUAUGCAGCAGAAGGUGCAGUUUGGUACUUGAAACAGGAAGGCUAUUGGACCUAGAAUUGUUGACAUAGAUGUAACAAUUUUCCCCCAUUAGAUUAGAGGAAUUACUUACCCGGGGAGCUAAUCAAAUGGAUAUACUAGUCUAUGUAUGAACUAAUAUAUAUGUUAUCUUAAUAUGAAAAUAUAGAUAUGGUUACAGC